AUGUUCGAUCUCCUGUUCUUGAUCUCCCUGGCCAUCGGCGCCCUUGCGCAGAAUGCUCGCAUCGGAUUGCCCGAGGCCGCGACUUCCAUCACAGCCGGCAGCAAAAUUAUCGUGCAAGUUCAACGCCCUAACACCUUGACUGGAUCCCAGGAGGUCGGCGUCGCCAUCGGCCUGCAGUCCUGCGCCAACAGUCCCUGCCAUGUUCCCAAGGACGUCAUGGGCCGGAUCCUGUACAACGGACCCUUCAAGCCUGUUUACCAUGAAUAUUAUCUGCCUCCGUACGAGAACUUCACCGUCACUGUGCCUGACUUCGACAACGGCGACGCGGUGCUCGGCGUGGCGCAUGUCUCGCUUGUCGGGGCUGGACCGUUCCCGUUCUUUGAGGUCUUGAACCAGACUGUUAAGGUGGAGUGA